ACGUGGGAGGAUUUUAUUGACUCAAUAAGGUGUAGCUGCUCCAUCUGGUAGCCUGGGUUUCCGUGAGCUGUUUUUCUCGGGUUAUAAUAUCCUUGUUCCCUCUGGACGUCUUCGUUAUGAAAAUUCUUCUGCUAGCAGCCGCAGUCGCGUGGCUCGUGUGUAAAGGUGAGGCGCUGUCGUGCUACUCCUGUGACGCAGUAGACACUGAUGCGAUCUGUAACCGGAGCGGGGAGGUGAAGUGUGGGGCGGGCACUGAUACCUGCUACGCCAUCAAGGGAGGUCUGCAGGGAGGACAGUUCGUGGCUGUCCGGAAGGGCUGUACCAGUCUGGACAAGUGUCGCAAGGUCAAGGACGAACAGCCGUGUGACGUCACGCAGCUUCACUGGGCAUGCGUGGAGUGUUGUCAGACCGAUAGCUGCAACAGGGUGGCGCCCAGCCCGCCAUGACGUGACGUUUACAUCAGUUUUUCAAAUUAAAGCUGCAUUGUGAAACAAUAGGACAACAUAAAAAAGGACAUUUUCU